AUGGAUAGGUUAAAGGAAUUGGAGGCUAAGAGGCGACAAUUGGAUGAAUUAAGAGCCAAGAGGAAGCAGUAUGAUUUGUUGGGCCAAAAUUCUCCGACUUCUAGGGAGCCGAAGACUAUUGAAAUGAUCAAUGUGUCAAUUCAGACUGAUAAUAUAGGAGCAGACACAAACGAGGCCGUUGCAGCUCCCCAGAAGGACGUUAUAACAUAUGAUAAAGCUAUCCAGACGGUAGAUUUUGAAUCCAUGGCAGUUUCAGUUCCUGAGAACGAUAAUGAAGGUGAGGGUCAGGAGGAUGAAAAUAUAAUAGAGGAAGAGGAAAAAAUGAUACCUGAUGAGGAGUCAAACCAGAGUGCAUCCUUUAAAGGCUUGAUGCCUCUCACUAUAGAAGGUGAAGCAAAUUCGAUACUGAUUAAGCCACUAAAUAUAGAGAAAGUUCAUGUUUCUAAAUCAAAUGUGUCAGGAAGCAUCCGAAAAUUGACUAAAAUUGAAAACGAUGAAAUUAGUGAGGUAGAUGCGUACUGUAUGACAAUAGAUCACAAUACUACGAAUAACUCGUCAUUAUUGGUUUAUCAAAUUCGCGGAAAUGUAAGGACCGUUAACAAAUCUAUCGUCUUGGUUGUAGAUGAAGAUGGUAAUGUUAUUGACAAGAUAGAAUUUUUGGGUCAAUUGGUUUCAUUUGGGUAUUUCCUGAAGUUCAAUAUUACAGGCAAUUAUAUGUCCAUGAUAUUAGUGACUCUACGGGGCAAGACAAUACUGUAUGAAUUGUAUGUGAACGAAAAUGGGGAAUGGACAAGAAAUUUAAUCAUUAGAAAUUAUUUCAAUUCUAUGGUCUGGGGAUUCCACGAAAGUGAAUAUAGAUUAAUUUUUGGAGACAUUGACGGUCGAUUGAAAAUUCUGAAUUCAAUGGACCUCAGUAUAUAUAAGGACGUAACGAAUUUGAAUUAUUCCAAUGGUAUUGAUAGUGCUGUAAUAAGUGUUGGAAAAACCAGAAGUGAAAAUGCUAUAUUCAAUGAGCAAUUGAAACGAUCGGAGUUGCUCGAUUUCGGGUUGAAUGUAAUGUGUAUUUGUCUGUCGCCAUUUAAUGAAGAUUGUUUAUUUAUAGGUUGCGAAGAUGGUGGUAUUUAUAAAGUGUUACUUAACGAUAUUACAAGUGACAAUCACUUAUAUGUGUCCAAUGACAACAACGGGUUCCUUCCACCGUAUGAAGGAGGAGUAGAAGACGAGGAUAAUGACGGCGUACUGUUCCAUUCAGGACCCGUGACGACACUUUCCAUGAAAGACAAUGGUCUAAUGAUAUCAAGCGGUAUGGAUUGGCGCGUCAAAUUAUGGGAUACGCAGACCAACCUAAAAUUGGAUGAAAUUGAUGUUGGUGAUCCAGUAAUAAAGAGCGAUUGGAUAAAGGUACCAAACAAGCUAAUGACCAUUUCUAUGACGAAUGACAAGAUACUGAUCAUUGAAUGGUUCUUCCAAAAAAAUAAUGACACGAGACUCCCGACGUGGGAAAGAACGACCCCAGUGUGUCACGAAAUUAGAUGGACAAUACAACCAUCUGACCUAGACAGUAAUUUCAAAUUCACAACAUUCCAUAGUACAACAUCGUUGACACCUUCCACUACAUUUCUCAACGUACAGGUUGGAUUCCACGGUAACGAAAUUAGAACAUUCGAAAUUCCGGUCAUGUGA